AUCAAGAUUGUUCUUAGUCCUUAUAGAUUGAACUUGAGAAAUCCAUUCGGUACUGCUCAUUCAUUGACAACAGUUAGAAACAAUGCACUUAUAACAAUCACUGUUAAUGGUGUCUUUGGAUAUGGUGAAUGUGGAGUCCCUCCAAAGAAGCCUCUCUGUUACUUUGCAGAUUACAAUGACAUAGUAGAUUAUUGUCAAACAUACUUUGAAGAACUAAAGUUGUUUGGCAAUGUUACAACCAACAUACCAGAUAUAGCUUCAACAACAACUACAACUUUAUACGAUCCAUUCUCCAAACUACCAUCACACUACUUCCAAUCAGUUCGAUCUGAAACAACAACCACAACAAUCAAUCAAAGUCCAUUCAUAUACCUCUUGGAAAGAUUGGACAAAUGUAGCAAGAAUACCAAGGACUACUCAUUCGCUGCCAGGUCAUGCAUCGAAACAGCCAUACUUGAUUGUUGGUCCAAACAUCUCAAAAUGCCAUUAUACAAACUAGUGUCAUCAUCAGUGGAGUGCAAGGAACUACCAUUCUAUUAUACUGUAUCAUUGUGCCCAACAAUGGAACAGAUAAUUGAUUGUUUGGAAUUUGGUCUAAAGUAUACGAGAUAUAUUAAGAUCAAGUUGGACUCUGACUUUGAUCGUGGAGUAUUGAUUGUAAAGACAAUAUUGGAACUUUGUCAAUCAAUCAACAAACCAAUUACAAAGAUAUCAAUCGAUGCCAAUUCAUCAUGGACACCGGAGAUUGCCCUCAAGUAUCUUCCAUAUCUCUCAACACUCACCAACAUUAUAUCAAUGAUUGAGCAACCAUUCCCGGUUGAGACAACCAAGGGUAAUCAAUCAAUCAAAGACGAUCCAGUUAUUCAACAAUGGGUCCACAUCAAGGAGGAGUACCACAGGCAUGGUCUAGUCAUAUUCGCAGAUGAAUCAGUUUGCAACGCAGAUGACAUUGAUAACUUAAUUGAUAUUGCACAUGGAGUGAACAUCAAGUUGGAGAAGACUGGAGGUGUUAGGGAGGCGUUGAUAGCAAUUACAAAGGCUAGGGAUCUUGGUAUGAAGGUUUGGAUUGGUUCAAUGGUCGGAUCAUCUUUGAAUAGUAAUGCAGCGGCACAUCUAUUGGCAAUACUAUCAGAUUAUGGAGGUGACCUUGAUGGUGGUCUAUUAGUGGAUGAUCAAUCACAACUAUUCACAGGUGGAUUCUCAAUAGUUGAGGAUGGACUCGUCCAGAUGAGUAACACUCACUAUGGUGUUGGUGUUGUAGUCAAG